CAUUGUUUUGCCCCACUGUGAAACUGGGCCGCCAGCCAUGGUACAAGCUUGAAUGUUUCUAGCUGCGUGCCUGGCCCUCCAGGCAUGGAUGAGCGAUCGCCCGCACAGGAGUUGCUUGAGGGCCUUCAAGGCUGUUGGCAAAAUGUGAAGGAACUACAUGAGUUCUACUUGGUCCAAGACUCCACGGUGACGCGAAUCAGGCAGAACACGGGAGAAUCGAUGGAGUUUCCCCACGUGCUGAAGCCCAACGCCAGCGGGACGGCUUUGCAGUGGGGCGUUCAGGGCCGAUUCGUUCUGCAGAUCGAUUCCUCUACCUUGAGCACCAGCUCUGAACUGUCACAUGUCAGGUGGCUCACCCCGAAGGAGGUGCAUGUGCAGGCACUCUCGGGCCCACGAGAAGUGGGCGAGCAGGGUGUGCGUGGCUGGCAGUGGCAUCGAGUGGACCCAAUGCUGGUCGGCGUGCUGCCUCAGACCCCUGCUGAGCCGCCAUCCGCGCCGACGUCCGCGCCGACGUCUGUGCCGACGUCCGCAUCGACGUCCGCGCCGACGUCCGCACCACGCCAAGCCCCGCCCUGCAGCGGUGUGAAUGCCAUCCCUUUGGGAGGGCCCGUGGGCACCUCACAGGAGGCGAUCAUGGCCGAGCUUCAGGGGUGUUGGAGAAAUUAUGUGGAUGAGACCGAAUCGUAUCUGGUUCGAGGGAUGGAUGUGAUGCGCUUCAAGGGCGGCUUUGAAGCAAAGCCCUUUCGCUUGCACUGGGACGAGCCAUCUGGACGCCUUUGGUGGGGAUCCACUGGAAGAUACAGCUUGCAACCGCCCAUGGAAUCUCCUUUGAAGAGGGCAGUCUGGGAGUCCACUGUAGGAGGCCGCAGCUUUUGCUGGGAGCGCGCUGAAGCUGCAGGAGACCAACCUCCUCCUGGGACCAGUCAGGUGGCCAGACCACCGGCGACCCCACCUCCGCAGCACUUGGUGCAGCAGCGCAUGAUGAGGGAGCGGCAACAUCAGCAAAUGCAACAGCAACAGCAGCAGCAACAGCAGCAGCAGCAACAGCAGCAGCAGCAACAGCAGCAGCAGCAGCAACAGCAGCAGCAGCAGCAGAUGCAUAUGCAACAAAUGUAUCCGCCAUACCAGCCCUAUCAGUCCAUGCCCAAUGGCUACUAUGCGGCCAGCACUGCUUAUGCAAACUAUGCCAAUGGCCAAUAUUAUCCCAAUAGCUAUUAUGCCUGUGGCUAUUAUCCCAGUGGUUAUUAUCCCGGUGGCUAUUAUGCGGCAUAUGCUUCUGCGGCCCAAGCUGCCGCUUCGCGCGCUUCGCCCUACUAGCGUUCUGAGAUGCUCUCUUUGUACAAAGGCGAAAAGGAGGACGUUUGUCGGUCCGGCGAGUGAGACCCACUCUACCGCUGGGCCGGCUGGGCCCCCUUUUCGAAGUCGAAGCGCCGAUGGAGGCCUCAAAGAUGAGGGUG